AUGGAAUCAUUUUUUUAAACUUAGUUGAUUGAUUUGAAAUAAAACUAAAGUUUUGGAGUCUCUUAAAGGAUAAAAAAAUUGUAUUAAAAUUCAAAAACUAUAAAAAAUGAUACUCAAAAACCUAAAAGAAAAUAUUAAAAGAAGAGAAAUCUAGUUGUUGUGCCAUUAGACAACUAUUAUUUAUAGCUAUGUAGAAUCUAAAAACUCGAUAAUAUUACUUAUGUGUGUAAUGAUGGAAUAUUAAGAUUUAUACCUUCGAUUGGAUAAAUUAGCUUCAAUUAUUUAUUGCAACAGGCUGAAAAAAUAGAAGAGAACAGCAAUUUAAAUGUAGUUAGCAUUGUGUAUAAAAAACAAAAUCUAAUUUAGAUUGAUUCUUUGGAAAAGAUUAUGGAUUCUAUUUGCAAUAUUCAAGGAAUAACCCGCGAAGAAAUAUUAAAUUUGUUAUAUGAUUACUCUAAUUUAAUAAAUGAUAAUUUAUAAGCUAACUCUGAUGAGUUAAAUGAGCAGUUUUAUAGCAAAUUGGAUGAAAAUUUCACUGAAUUUUAAUAAAAGUGUACUUCUUUCUUGACUUAAUAUUAAAUUAGUAAUCCUAGUUCUUUGUAUUUUUAUUCGAUAGCUCGAUUAAACUUAGAAUCAAAAAUGUAUGAGACAGCUUAAAUAGGAUAUUCUAAAGGUUAUUUAGAUUUAUUAGGUCUAGAUGUUAGCUCUAUAUAGUAAAUCUAUCUGAGAAACAAAAAGAUAGAUUUGGUUAAAAAUUAAUAAGAUAUCUGUAUGCAAGCAUUAAGAGGUUUAUCCAACGUAACAGGAAGGGAUAAAAUGUUGAUCUAUGAAAACUAUGAAUCUUUUAUCACAACAUUUGAUGGUUUUCUAUUGAAAAUUUACUAAAGAAAAGUAAACAUGUGUAAUAAAGUAAAGCCAAUAAUAUAUCAUAAGCAUUAAUUUAAUUUAACUCUAAUUGAGAUAGAAGUUGAUUUCUAAAGUUUUUAAGAUCUCUUAGAAUAUAGAAAAAGACUGUCACAGUCCUCUGAAAACUAAAAAUUUGAUGAUUUUAUUAGAAGAGAGAACUCCUACCUUUUUGAAGAUGUUGAAUACUCUAUUUAAUCUCAAUAAUUUAUAGAUAAAUUUUACUCAUAAAAUGUAUAAGACCUUGAAUUAAUAAAACAACAUCUAAUACAAAAAGAAAAAUAAUGUUGCUAUCGAAUAAUAAAAAAUUGA